AUGAGCCUGCGCAGCAUUGACGCAAAGGAAUGCCAAGCUCAGCCAACAGCGGCGACGCCAAUCAACAUGAAUGUGCAUGUGCAGCAUCAGCAAGAAGAUUUUGCAAAGAAAAAACAAGAAAGGGAACAAGAAAUACAAGCCAUACAAGAAAUGCUAAAUAACAUUACAAAAUCCAAACCGCCCGAAGAAAAGAAAAUGGAUUUGAUGAUGAAUGAUGAAAAAACUAAGACUGAGAAGAAGGCAGCUAGGGAGGAUAACAUACCGAUUUUGCGCCGAAGCAAUACAGAUCUACAAAUGCAAAGAUCAACCGGAACAGCAGCGGCAACAACAACAAAAACUAAUUCACAAAAACCUCUUAGUGGCGGUGGUGGUGGUGGUAGGCAAUCGCGCAUCGAUUCUGCAAGAUCCCAAAAUGGUAGUGGUGUUGGGGGCAACAAACCCCGUUCCAAAUCUCUGCAAUUGCCAGCUGGAAAAAAUGAAAAUAAAAAUGUCUUGCAUUCUCAAAUACCGUCCUCUAACAAUAGGAAAACCUAUAACCCCGAGGAGGCCAGACGUUUUAUGGAAAUGCAAAAGAAAAAACGUAGAUCUGAAGCGGCACUGCAGCCCUAUGCCAAGGCCAACAGGGAAAAGGAAGAAAUUAAAAAACGUUUAGAGGAAUUAAAGAAAAAUACCAGAAAAUUGGUAAGCAAAAAUCUGGAUAAAAAGAAGCAGCUAACAAAUCGAACGGAUAAUGGCAAGGAAAUGGAAAAAAUGGAAAGGACGACACCGGCGAAAAUAAAAAAUAAUGAUAAAAGCAGAGACAAGACCAAUGUAAAAUGUCUCUCAUUGGAGUUGCAAAGACCAAAAGAGGUUUCCCAACCCACCGAUCGCUCAAAAGAAGUGCCGAAUCACAAUAAAUGUGUGGAAUCAACUACCCAAAAUCAACUAACUUCUGCUAGUACGUUUAAGUCCGGUUAUCCCCUGGCCGAAAAUCACAAUCGCAUUGGCCUCUUGCGGAAAACUGAAGAUGAAAAAGAUUAUUCCUUCAGCGCCUUGCGGAGUAUCAACAAUGACAAAGAAAAUCGAGGUCUGGAAGAGCUCACUGCCAAAUUAAGUACACAAAUUGAAAGUAAAGUCCAAAGGGACAAAACAAUUAACAACAAAAAAGACGAUACAAACCGAACACCCCUUGAACAAGAUGUCGAUAAUGUAGCCGAUUUGGAAAUACCCAAGAAAAUGCUGCAAACCACACCAAUGAAAACCGGCGGGGAUCCAAUAGCAGAGGAAUCGACAAGGAAAAAAGAAAUUUGA